AUCCGUAACUUAGGCCUGGACGCAUACAAGGCCGAAGAACAGCGCCGGUGUGGCUGGGGCAGCAGCUGGUGGCAGGAUGAAACGGAGAAAAUCAAGUGGAGUUAACGGACACAACUCUGGACUGGGACUGGGCCCGGGCCCAAGCUCUGAGGGGCUGCUGGACGCGGCCCUGGGCCAGAACCAGGAAGCAGAACUGAAUUUAGGAAUGGAGAAAGAGCCAAAUGAAGAGGUAGAGCUGGAACCUGGAGGAGAAAGCAAAGAGGACGAGCCGGGCGCCAACCUGAUGCCGCCGCCACUUCCGCAGCCUCGGAUCUGCUUGUGGAAAUACCUGGAUGUACAUUCCAUGGACCUACUGGAGAAAACCACCACCUUGGAUGAGAUGCAGGAGUUGCUGGCAGAACUGCUAGGCCUGGGGAGGAUGGACAGGAACCCUAGGGAGGAAGUGAUGCUGGAUAUGUUUUGCCACACCUUGAUCUUCUGCCGGCAACAGCACUUCUCUCGGGAGCAGACCUCCGCUGCUUGUGCUCUGCUUCAGGACCUCCACAAGGUCUGUAUAGCAACCCCUUUGGGCAACGUGGAAGACUGUUUCAGAUUUUUCACCAGCCUCCUCUUCUGCCAUGGAGUCAGGCGACCCCCCUUCAGCAUUGACCUGUUUGGAGAGGAACAGCUGCUGAGCCUAUCAGAUUAUAUCAUCAACACCUACUUCCGUCAUUUUAAGCUCUACAAGUAUGUCUUCACCCCCCAGGUGCGGCUAGACUUGUCUUUGAGAUAUGUAGGCCUGCCUGAAGUAAAGCCCCCAGUAGAAGUACAAGAGGAAGAAGUGGUAGAGGAGACAGUGUCACCCAUUCCAGAAGAGCCAGCACCAGAAAUAAAAACCGAGCAAGAGCCAAGUCCAGGUGAUAUUCUCCGAGAUUUCAUCUCUGCCCAGCUUACCCAGGAGCUGGGGCAACUCAGGCAGUUGGUGGAAGAACGGCUGAAGGCUGGCGAGGAGCAACUCAACAGCAGGCUGGUUGCCCUUGAAAAUCCUACCUUGAUCUCCAAGAGCAAAAGCAAAGUCAAGUCACCCCUGGGGUAUUUACCCAAAUAA